AUGGAGAACAAGAUAGAUAACAUCAAAGAUGCUCCUGCUCCGUGGACUCUGGAAGGUCAAGUUGCUUACCUAUUUAUUCAUGGAUCACGAGCAGCUCAGGAUUCAUUCAAUGAAAAUCCUGACCCUGUUCUUAGUCCAUUCCGAGGUGGUCUCGGCGGGCUAAUGCUUGUUCGUUAUACCGACUCACCCGUUGGUCCCUACGAUGAAUUGAUCUUCUUGCCUGGUUGCUACCAAUUCGGUGACAAAACAUAUUACCGCAUAUCACAAAUCUAUGUUUCAUCUCUCGACUCUGUCAUUAAUGGACGACGCAAUUGGAAUGUUCCGAAGAAACUGGCAACAUUUCGUUGGAAUGAUAACAAUACACACGUGAAAAUAUCUCUGCCUGAUCAGACUGAACCAUUUUGUACGAUACGUGUUCAACCCCGACUCUACUGUUUACCUAUUGGUACUGGACUAGUUCCUGAAGUAUUUCGGACACUACUUCAGCCACCAUUAGAAGAGACAGAAGAUAAAAAUGCAUAUUUCAAAAUUGUUCCAUCAUGUAGUGGAUGGUUUCGACCUAUUGUUCGACUACUUGAAUUUCAGACGGAUGGAAAAGAAAUUCCAUCUCAUGAGCAAAUACCUCUGUAUACAUAUGGCGUCGGCUAUGAAGCAUUUACACUUCUCUUUCCUAAAGCUGAACUAACUUUGCAUUGA